AUUAAUUACAAUAUAGCCUCAGCACACACCUAUAAAACUACAGAUUUACAAAACAUCAGCAAGUAACAUCAAGAAUCUGGAAUAGAGUGGGUAAAACGGAUCACAAUCUAGAUGUUGCACAUACACCAGAUACUCUUCAUUCAGAUUCCUAUCUCUAGCCACUUGUAAUAUGCUAAUAAUCCUCUUCACCAUAGCUACAGUCAUUUCUGAGCUAUUAGAUGUGCAUUUUUCACCUAGUAGUUGUCUCCAUUCUGGUCUGAUUUCAAACAGGGUUAAUUGGUCUUUGCAAUGUCUAAGGUUACAUUCCUUAGGGUUUGUUUUUCUCAGGUCAUUGCCUACAUGCCAUGCUAUUAAAUUCAGAUCAAGUCUAUAAAUUUUACAACAUAGUCAUUGCACAAAAAGCUAUCCGCUCCAGCCAUCGUGACAGUACAAGCAUCGGCUGUGAACUGCAUCAGUUCUGGGGAUUGUUUCAUAUCUCCCAAUUCUCAGAUUACUCUUCCCCACAGUAAGAAAACAGAAAAUUGGAUUUAAUGGGAUAGGGCUUUUCUACAAUGGAGGGUAUCUGUAACAUCCAUCCAGAGAAAAAAGCAAUCUAUUGAUUUUUUAAAAACGUUAUUUUGAAUUGACUUUGAAGCUCCUACUGCUUUUCAGCCCCAUAACUGAGUGUUCUAUCUCCCCCUCCAUCUGCCACUCCCACAAAGGAUCUUAAAAAUUCUGUCUAAGGAUGCAAAUGAGUAGAACCACUUUUUAUCCAUUUAGAACUGUCCUCUGUUCUCUUCUAUCUCAGUUUUUAGCUCUAAGGGUUAAAAUGAUGGUCUCCAAUAUUUUGAGGCAACUUGUUCAUGUUUUUUUCAGCAAAUCCUGUGACAUUUUAAGCAGUGACAAAAAAAUAUUAUAUUUUUAAGCUCUUAAAAAUUGUAGGACAGGCUUCUUAAUUUCUAUUUGUUAAAAUAUAUGUGCAAUCUUUGUGUAUAAAAUCUUUUAUAUAACGCAGGGGUAGUCAACCUUUUUAUACCUACUGCCCACUUUUGUAUCUGUUAGUAGUAAAAUUUUCUAACUGGCCACCGGUUCCACAGUAAUACGCCGUGUAUCGUCGUCUGCGCAUGCCUCUUGUGCAUCGUGGAUUGGGUUUGGGGAGGGGGGUGCACCGGCCAGCAGCUCUGCUUGUGUUACAGCUGGGUGGUGUGGGGGGAGAUGCGCGAGCUAUUCUGGGACGAGGCACUUGUUUGCUGUCACACUAUAACGCCAUUUAGUUUCACUUACGUAACGUGAACUAAACUUAUGCAUGGGCGAUACAAAUAGUAUAUUUUCCGAAAUUUAAAUUGUCACGGGGAAUUUUAUGAAAACCUAAUGAACAUUUUUUAAAAUAAUGCUAUGAAAUUUUUUUUAAAAGUCAAGUAAAUUUAAAAAAAAGGAAAGUGCUUCAGUAUCGGACAAAACCCCUACCGCCCACCAUGAAAGCUGGAACGCCCACUAGUGGGCGGUAGGGACCAGGUUGACUACCACUGAAAUAACGCUUCUAUAUGUCACAACUAGACUACUAGUUGUGACAUAGUUUCACAUGGCACUGUCCCUGCUGACCAUUUAGAAACUAUAUAGUUUAAAUGAGACUGCCCAUAUAGUAAUGUCAAGCUUGGAUUAAUAAUUAGCAUUAUCAUCACAGGAAUUGCAGAUGACAAUUAGCUUCUAGGAGCAAUUUAAGGUGGCUAUCACCUAUGUGGCUUCAGACUUUGUUAGCAGCGUUUGCUCCAAAUAGACUCUACCACUUUGGAAAUAACCAAUAGAAAAAUCAUAUUAGGGUGACAAGAAGCCUGGAUUUUUCUGUGAUGGUCUCCUAUAAUAGAUCGUCUCUAGAGACAAGGAUGACUUCAGCUCUGUUAGUAUUUUGGAAGAUGGUUAAGACCUGGCAUUUCCAGAGGGCCUUUGAGAAGGGAAAGUGAGAAUAGAUAUGGAUCUUGGGUAUGGUUCAAGGAGUGGCAGUUAGAAUAUUUAUAUAGCCUAAUGAUUAUCUUAAACUUAGCAACAGCAAUAGCACCGACUUAGAUACUGCUUCAUAGUGUUUUACAGCACUCUCUAAGCAGUUUACAGUGUCAUUAUAUUGCCCCCAACAAUCUGAGUCCUCAUUUUACUGACCUCAAAAGGAUGGAAGGCUGACUCAACCUUGAGUUGAUCAGGAUUGAACUCCUGGCAUUGAGCAGAAUUAAUCUGCAAUACUGCAUUCUAACCACUGCAACACUACAGGUCCUAAAUUUUACUGUAUUGGGAUAGUAUUAUUUGUUUAAAAUAUCUGGCAUGAACUGUAAACCCAAGUGUUAAAUACAUUAAAUUCAUGAUUUAGAAAGGAAGUCCUUAUCAGAUUUACAGAUACAAAACUGGGUUGAAUAGUUAAAACUGUAUUGAAAAAUUGUAUUGAAAGGCAAGAGACGUGAGUUGUAAAUAACAGAAUUAAAUUUAAUCCAGAACAAUAUAAAAUUCUCCACUGAGGAAAAAUUUAUCAGAUGCAUCGAUGUACUGUGAGAGAUUCUUACUAUUACUUAUGCAUAGGCAUGUGUGGAAAGGAUCUUGAAACUAUAACUGUGUCUUGAAAAAGAUCUUGGAAUUGUAGAUGAUCUUGAAUGAAUGAGUUAGCUUUAUGAUAUAGCUAAUAUAAAAGUAAAUGUUAACGUUGGAGUGCAACAAAAAAAGUAGCUUUUAGUUCACAAUAACGUAUCCAUUCUACUAUAUUCUGCACAGACUACCCAACUGGUCAGAGACAUUAGGAUUGAUCAGAACAUGGUGGGGGACCUGGAGAAAAGCCAACCAAGCGAAGGAGAGUACCUUUCAGGUUCUUGCACAGUUGUCAUAUAGAAAGUCAAAAUCACUUAACAUCCCAGAAAAAAAAGAAAAUAGAAAAAUGGUCUUACAUAAAAAUGAGGUACAUUGCAACUGAAUGUUAGAAAGGAUGUUGAACAGCAGUUCAACAGGGUAAUAAUUACAGGUAAUAUUUGACUUAUGACCACAACUGGGACCAGAAUUUCUGUUGCUAAGCUAAUUGCGUUGUUGGGUUGUGCCUGAAUUUAUGACCUUUUUGCAGUUGUUAAGCAAAUCACUGCAGUUCUUAAUGGAAUCAUGCAGUAAUUAAGCAAAUCCAGUUUCCCACACUGACAUUACUUUUUUGGAAGCUGGUUGGGAAGGUCUCAAAGGGUGAUCACAUAACUCAGGAUGCUGCAACUGUUGUAAAUACAUGCCAAAUUAUCCAUGACUGUUGUAAAUACAUGCCAAAUUAUCCAUGACUGUUGUAAAUACAUGCCAAGUUGUCCAUGACUGUGAAGAUACUUGCAACAGUUGCACAAUAAGUGCAAGAACCAGUUGUCACUUUUUUUCACAGCCAGUCACUAAAACGAAUGGUUGUAAGAUGAGGAUCACCUGUAUCAAGAACUAUGAGCUCCUAUGCUAGGGAUGUCUGGCGGCCAUCUGUUGGGAUGCUUUAAUGUGGAUUCCUGCAGGGAACUUCAAUGGCCCCUUCUCUACCAUUCUAAGAAUACUGAAUGAGAAUCAGCCUGAUGAUGAUAGCAAAGAUUCUCACCUCUGCAAAAGUACUUUAUUAUUAUAUAUAAUAAUUAUACAUUAUUAUCAUUUACAUUUUUCUUAAAGUUAAUUCUUCUCAUCAAGGGCAAAUGGGUGGCUAUCAAAGCCAAGUGUGGGUAGCACUGGCUAGCACCUCCUGCUCUCCAAGAACACUGGCCAGAGAAGCCCAAAAAAUGCAACUAUCAGGCCUGGUUGUGUUGUGUGGACCUUCUGUUUCAGCAAGAGGGACGGUGUGAUUUUAACUGUUUCCUCAGCCUCCAAGCGAAAAGGCUGAAAGGCAGAAACCGGGCACCUGCCCGAUGUAGCAUCUUCGCCAGACACUUUUGGCGGGAGGAGGUGGCCCCAGCACGCGCCGCCAAACAGCCCGGUCAGCCCGCUCUGCCUCGACGCGGCGAUGAUUGACGGCGGCGUCCGUUGGAAAAAAGCCGAUCGGUCUCACGCGGGCCUUCCACCGUCCGUUGGACUGGGGGGGAGGCAGGCAGCGAAGGCGAACGGGCGCGAGGCGGCCUCGAAAGUCUGACAGCUCCCCGCAGACCGAGCCACCUCGAUGGAGGACCCACUGCUCUCGGCCGCGCCCAUUAACCCCAACAACUUCCCCGCCAAGCUGUGGCGCCUGGUCAACAGCCCGCGCUUCCGCUCCAUCCGCUGGGACGCUCGGGGCGAGGGACUCCUCAUCGACCAGCCCUUGUUCGAAGCCGAGCUCCUGGGCGCGGGCGGCAGCGGAAUGGCCGUCGCAGUGGGAGGCGGCCCUGGGGGCGAUGGCGCCGGCCCCACCUCCGCCGGCGGCUCUUCAGUGUCUCCGUCUUCGUCGUCCACCUCCUCCUCACCGGAGCUGUUCAAGACAACCAAUUUCACUAGUUUCAUCCGGCAGCUCAAUUUGUACGGCUUCCGCAAAGUGGUGCUAGGCCCGCCGGGAGGCAGUGGGGGCUCUUCGUCUGGCGGCGGAUCCACCGCAGGCGCCUCAGCCGCCGCCUCGGCUCCCGGCGGCCCUUUGCACCAUUUUCACAGCCCGCACUUUCGCCGCGACCGACCCGAUCUGUUGGUUCACCUCAAACGCCUGACUAGCGCGAACAAGGCCAAGCUCGCCGCAGGCCUGGAAGUCACCAGCCGGCCACCCAACCGCUUCCAGCGCCUGCUCAGCACCUCCCUUCACGGUGGCGAGGCCCUCCUCAGCCAGCAACAUCACAAUCCCCCGCCGGCACAUGCGGGGGCCGUAGCUGCCAAGAACGACAACAAGCCCGGUGAGAGAGGAGGGCCUCCAUUGACUUUAGAACAGGUUCAUCGAUCUUUUCGGCGAGACAGUUUAUCUCCUUAUUCCUACCUGUCACCAUCAUCUCACAACCAAAAUGCUUUUCCACUGAAAGGUUCCGAUCGGACUCCUUUUCCUCCCAGAACAUGGCAGAACUCCCUUGGAAUGCUCCCAGGUCAGGUGGAGACUUCAGCUUUUUCAGACAAAAGUGUACCAUUUCCUGUGUUGCAGAGGUUCCCAACGGAGGUAACUUAUACUCUGCAGCCCAGCUCUACAUCUGUGCAUAUUCAACAAGGGCCUCAGACAAUGGCUCCAUCUUCCCAGAAAUAUACCAGUUAUGCAGCUUCAGCACCAUAUUCCCAAGCUUACUAUCCAACAGCUGUAUUACAAUGUUGUUCACCACCUACCCACAUGGAUCCCCUAAGUGGUUGUGGUAGUCCUACAGCCUCAAUCUAUACACACUGCAGCUAUUUUCAGAAUCCACCAAUGCAAUCUUCAUAUCCAGUUGAAUUUUUGCCUUCUAAUUGGUCCUGCAACACCUCUGAUGAAAACAAGAAGACAGAAGUCAAUCUAGAAGCUGUCUUCCAGAUUGUUGAUGAAAUGCAUUCAUCCCCAAAGCUGGAAAUGGUAAAAGUAGAACCAGUGGAGAACCAAUGUCCGACUUCACAGUCAAAUCGAAACCAGCAAUUAAUAGUUAAUUCAGGGAAUAGUGAUACAGCUUCUUCAGGUCAAACCAGCCACUUAGAACCUCUAACACCUGUAGGCUCAGAUAUCACAUCCUUUGUUGUAGAGUCUGAACAAGCUAUAGCAUGCUCCUUGCCACAGUCUCCAGGGUUUAUCUACGCUAUUCAUACCACAGAACCUGUGGAGAAUACCACAGCUCAAAUAGUGCAACAGCCUACAGUCACACCACAAACAUCAGCAAAGGUCAAAGAACAACUGAACCAGUCUUCUGCAGUGUCUCCCAUGGUAUUUGUUCAAGAGGAGCUUCCAUUCAGUCAGCCACAGGAGGAUCCUAAUAUAAAGUGUGAGACAAAUACAUCAGAGACUGUUGCAUCCUCAGAACAAAUUGGUUUCCUCGUUUCAGAGGUGGGUCCUCUCAACAAAUGUGCCAAAGAUUCAGUUUCAUCCAUCCAAAGCAAAUGCAGAGAAAGAAGGAGCAGUUCACAGAAGGGCAAAUCCCCUGAUCUACAUUUGCUAGUGGAUGUGGCUUGCAAGCAAGAACAUUUUCCAAAGGAAGAAGAAUUAAGGGAGUGAGAAGUUGGUGGAAAGUAUGCACAAAUGCAGAGCAGUAGCCAGCUGGGGAAGAGCAGUGGCUUUCAUUCCAGGAGUAUUUUGGGGACUGUUAUGACAAAUAAAACUCUCUUCCAUUGCUCAUUUUUGUCACACUUGUAAAUAAUCCCACCACUGUUUUUAAUACCUCUUUAAUAGGUUUAAAUUAUUUUUUAACCUGUUUCAUCUAAUUAAUAAACUUAUUUGUCCAAAUCUGUUAAAAGUGGAAAAGCUGUAUUUCAAACAGCUGCCACAAAUGUCCCCGUAGGAUUGUUCAAAUU